GCCCCGGCUCUCCCGGUGCCCCGGGAAGGGCGGGCAGCCCAACCCCGGGCCGGGAAGCGCCGCAGCCGCCCCCGGGGGUCCGGUGCCCCGGCCCCGGCCCGCUGCCGCACAUGGCCCCGGGUAACCCCCGGGGGCGGCCGCGGGGCCGAGCCCGGAGCUGCCGCCUCCAAGGGCAGGGAGGAAGGCAGCCCUUCUCCUCCCAGGGAGAGGGGCUAUUUGCAUUUUAAAUGACUUGGAGCACGCCCCUAACGCACGGUAUCGGACCGGAAAGUUUGUCCUCGGGUCUCCGAACAACAAAAAAAUAAAAUUAAACACCCCCCCCGACAUAUUUGCUUUCAUUUAAAUCCAGCAGAGAGGCACGGUGAUUAGCCUGGGUUGGUUUGUUUUGAAUAACACGAAGGUUUCUGGUCUCAUCUGGCAUGUCUGUUUUUCCAUCUAUUAUUAUCCUAUCCAUCUCGCAGCACAUCUCCAGCCUCUUCCUGUAUAAUCUCUCCCUCGGUGUCUUGAUGCACGCUCCUGUCUCCAGCUGCGAAUGUGUCCUGCUCUGCCUCUGCCCGCCUGUCAGGCGCAGGUCUCUGGCUUGCUAUGGAAUUGUCCAGGUUCCUACCGGACCCUGGUUCUGUCGGAAAUGUGAAUCUCAAGAGAGAGCCGCCAGGGUGAGAUGCGAACUGUGUCCCCACAAAGAUGGAGCCCUGAAACGGACCGACAACGGAGGGUGGGCCCAUGUCGUCUGUGCUUUGUACAUCCCAGAGGUGCAGUUUGCCAAUGUGCUCACCAUGGAGCCAAUUGUCCUGCAGUAUGUACCCCACGACCGCUUCAACAAGACCUGCUACAUCUGUGAAGAACAGGGCAGGGAGAGCAAAGCAGCCUCUGGAGCAUGCAUGGCCUGUAACAGACACGGCUGCCGGCAAGCUUUCCACGUCACCUGUGCCCAGAUGGCUGGCCUCUUAUGUGAAGAGGAAGUCCUAGAAGUCGACAAUGUCAAAUACUGUGGCUACUGCAAGUACCACUUCAAUAAAAUGAAGACCUCUCGUCACUCUGGAGGUAGCUCCUUCAUUGCUGGAAGAAGGAGUCGAUCCGCAUCCCCUGCUCAAGAGAAGCAUGUAUCCCACCACGAAAGGCCAAAGAAGAGUCGGAAGGACAAAGAAAGACCUAAACAGAAGCACAAAAAACGUCCGGAGUCUCCCACCAGCCUUACCCCAUCCUCGGUGCCCGUCGCUGCAGAGAAGGGCUCUACCAGCCACCAUGAGGGGAGCAAAGAGACCUCGGAGGUCGGCAGGUCGGAGGUGAAAGGCAGGAAGUCCUCAAGCCAUGGCAGCAGCCACAAGGGGAAAAAGACAGGAAGCGGGAAAAGCUCCGUUGGCUUCAGCUCAGCUUCAUCCAGCGGGACCUUCCAGCCUGCAGGUACCUCCUGCAGCAAUUUGCAGUGCUCCCAGGACUUUGUGACGUUCCCCAAGCUCGAGCAGGACGACGAGAAGUACCGGAAACCUGUCUCUUCCUCUUCUUCUUCCCACUGCUCCCCUCUGUAUGAAGGCCAGAAGGGGGACAUCUUUGAGCAGAAGGUGAUCUUCUCAGGCUUUGGGUCCAUCAUGCGCUUCUCCACCUCCGCGGUGAGCCAGCAGAGAGGCCGUGAUGCUUCCCCCGUGGACUAUAAAGCCUCGAACCCUGUCAGCGGCCCUUCGGUGGGGACCAGUGGGACCAGCGGUAGCAGCAGCAGCCACAAGCGCAUGCCGUCCCUCAGCAUGGAGGAGGGAGAGGUGCUGAAGGAAAAGAAGCACAAGGGUAGCAAGAAGAACAAGCAUGGGCCUGGCAGGCCAAAAGGGGGCAAAAGCAAAGAGAUUUUGGGUGCCCAGCUGGCUGGGUCCACGUCUACUUCCUCGUCACCCUUCUCCGGGGGCUCUCUUGUUAGCUCCAGCAUCGGGAAUUCUUCACGAUCCUUCAGCCACACGGGGAAUCUGCCCAGCCUCAGCAUGGAGUCCCCGCUGCUGGGUUCAGGGAUCUACACCAGUAACAAGGACCCUAUUUCCCACGGGGGCGGAGUGCUCCGAGCUGUGUGCAGUACACCCCUCUCUUCCAGCCUGCUGGCACACCAGGGUACGUCGUCUCUCCCACAGCUCAACCGGUCUCCCUUUGCUAGCACCAUCCCAGCUUCCUCCUCCUCGGUCUCCACCACGCAGGUGUUCUCACUGGCAGGUUCAACAUUUAGCCUCCCUUCCUCACAUAUUUUUGGAAGCCCCCUCGCAUCUGGGCUGUCAAUCAACCCCCUCUUAAAUCAGUCGGAAAGCAGCCGGGCAGAGCCUGACCUGGAGGACUGCAGUUUCGGCUGCCGAGGGACGUCGCCCCAGGAGAGUCUCUCUUCCAUGUCCCCCAUCAGCAGCCUGCCGACCCUCUUCGACCAGACAGUGUCCUGUAGCAGCAGCGGGCAGCUGGAGAAUGUUCCCCAGGCUACCCCAAACAUCGAGCAGCUCCUGGAGAAGCAAGGCAAUGGGGAAGCCGGCGUAAACAUUGUAGAAAUGCUCAAAGCCCUGCACUCGCUGCAGAAGGAGAACCAGCGGCUCCAGGAGCAGAUCAUGACGCUGACGGCCAAGAAGGAGCGUUUGCAGCUCCUCAACGUCCAGCUCUCCGUCCCUUUCCCCGUGGUGACCAGCAGCAACGGCCCAGGCAGCCAGGCCCAGUACAUCCUGCCUCCCAACGUCUGCAACAACGAUUCCCUGAGCAUCAGCAAGAGCCCCCCAUGCAAGAACAGCUUUGGGAUCGAGAACUCGCUCUCCACUUCCUCUGAGGACCCUCAUUCAGGUUGCCCCAGCAGGAGCAGCUCUUCCCUGUCCUUCCACAGCACUCCUCCGCCCCUGCCCAUGCUGCAGCAGAGUCCUGCCUCGCUACCCCUGCCCGGGGUGCAGCAGGUGAAUGGCCUGGCCAGGGUGGCAGGCAGCGGGCUGGGGGGAGGCACCACUGCCAGCCACAGCCUCUCCACGGUGCCCAUGGUGGACGGCCUGAUGGGGACCCUGGCAGGAGGCCAGCAGAUGCCCAUCAACGGGAUCCUGGGGAAUCUGAACGGAGCUCAGGCCGCCCAGCCUCCGAGCGCGCUGACGCAGGCGAGCGGGCCGCCGACCUUGCAGCUCUCCACCAGCCUGAGCAGCAUGCCCAGCCUGAGUCCCCUGACAGAGCAGCAGCGGCACGUCUUGCACCAACACGAACAGCAGCUCCAGCAGCUUCAGCAGCUCCUGACUUCCCAGCCGCUUAAUCCGGAGCAGCAGGCCCUGGUGUUCCAGAUGAUGCAGCAAAUCCAGCAGAAGAGGGAGCUGCAGCGGCUGCAGAUGACAAGCUCGUCCCAGCUGUCCAUGAGCAGCCUCCUGGCAGCCACCUCCGCCCCCCUGCACUCCAGCACCAGCGCCCUGAUGACCUCGGCCCCUCAGCCGCCCCCCAGCAGCAGCUCUCUCAUGGCCUCCCUCUCCCCCCAGCAGCUCAACCCUAGCAAUGCCCUCCUGGCUCCCCAGGCCACCCCACCGCUCAGCGCUCCUGGGAGCAGCCUCCUGGCUUCGGGGACAGGCAUCCCACCCGUCCUUACAGCACAGACUAACCCGUUUCUCAACCUGCAGGCCGAUGGCAACACCCCAAAAGGAACGAGCAUGAAUGAAAAGGGAGCUCCUCUUACCCAGGACAAGGGCUAAGCUCCCCCCUCACCCCGAACAAACCAGCAGCCAACUCCUCUCAGCCAGGGGAAUGUGGCUUUCCACAGUCAACUUUGAUACUGUUAGAGCAAUGAGCACAAGGCUUCCAAGAAGCAUUUCCUGCCGCUGGGCAAUGCCAAGAGGUGCUUUGGAAGACAGUACGUCUCUGACCAAGCCCUGGUAUCGGGAGGAGCGAAGGUGGGGGGCUGCCUGCCGCCCUGGUCCGUGCCACACAUGCUCCAAAGUGAAGCUGUGUUCCCACGCAGAGCGGAGGAGAGAGCUAACACCAGAUACCUGCCUGUCUCCUCCCUGUGUUCACGUGCGUGUAGCCCCCCGGGCCGAGGCACUAGAGACCACGGAGCAUCCUCGGCCAAGACCUCGGCGAGGGAGGCCCCUCUGCUGAGGGCUCCUGCCUGCACAGUGCAGAGGAAUUUGGCGGUGCGCUCGGAGCACUGGAUGGGACACGGCUGGGGCAGUGGGACGUGGUGGCAGUGCCUGCGUGGUCUGCUUCGCCCAGAUGGGAAGGUUCAGAAGAAGUCCUGCAGCUGAGAUUUCUCACCUGCUUUUCAUCUGCUGGGCUCUUGGGAUGCUCUUCUCUCUGUAGCCAUCACGUGAAGCCCCGACACCUCAGCUGCAUCCAAACCCAGCCUGAAAAGACGCAAGCGGUGGAGCAGGAUGGACUGGUGCCUGGGGAGGAGGUGAAAGCCACCUGCUUCUUUAAAGGACGUUGCCACAUCUGCUCUGCCAGCCGCUGUCGGUUCGGUGCUGUACUUUUCACAUGAAAAGCACACUCCUGCUCCUUGUGCCGUCUCUCUCUUUCCUUCCAAGAUUUCCAAAGGCUAAAAUUUCAGCUUGCAAAAAGGGGCUGUAGCCAGUGUUACCCCUGUCGUAGCCAACUUCAGAAGGUGCAUUUGAACCUGGCAGUUGUUUUCCCAGGCCUAAGCUGGGAGAUAGAAAUGUGUGUGGGGAAGAGAAAAUCCCAAAUCUGGUACCUUGUUCGUUCUUACCCACCACAAAUCACCCCAGUGUGGCAAAACCACGUUCUUCCACUGGUCUUGGGCACUUCAGAAGAGGGAUCUCCAAGCAAUGGGACAAUUUCCAGUCUCCUGAGCUGGGACAUCGGACCCUUCAUUGUUCUCCACCCUUUGACCUUAACUCCGUCUCGCAGCCUGGAACCUCAGCAAAGAAAUCGGCUUCCUCUGAGCUUGGAUGCGAUGGAUUGAUUGAAGGACAGGUGGGGCAGCUCUGGGGGAAGGGGAACAUCUACGUCAAACGUAUAAAUGCCCCUUCUUUUCCCCAUCCCCUGGUUAAAUCCAGAGCUCCUGGGGGCAGGCGGGAAGACUCCAGCUAAUAGAAACUCUGAGGGUCUUAAAAAAAAAAAAAAAAAAAUUUCAGACCUUAAUGGGUAUUUUUCAGCACAUUCCCACUGCCUCUAACUAGUUUGCACUAUUCAAAUUUGUCAGCAGUGGGUCUGUGCUGAUAGUACUAGAAAAGCUUGUUAUAGGCAAAACUCAUCUGCUAAAUAUCGUUCUUCUUUUUUAUUUUAUUUUAUUUCUUUUCUUUUUGUUGUUUGUUUGGAAGAUUGUCACCACAAUGGUUGAAUAAGGCUAAAAGGAGAGAAAAUACCUUUCUGAUCUCAGCCUCCAGUUCUGUGAACUGGGCAGAACACUGCUGUCUGCUCAGAAAUAUAUAUAUAUUAUAUAUAUAUAAUUUUUUUUUUUUAAUAAAGAAAAGCUAAUGUUUUAACAAGGUUAAGAAGCUAUUGGAAAGAUGGAGAAGGCAGCUAAAAGUGGAAAUGCAGGAAGAAAAAAAAAAAAAAGUCUCCUUUCCUUGCAGUCUCUGCAGCACAGACCUAGAGAGGAGCACUGAGCUGUGGCUCUUGCUGCCAGGGUCCCUGUCCCCGGCCACCUCCCGCCUCGGUCACGGGCUGAGCUCUGCCACCUUCCAGCCGCCUCGUUCUUGCAAACGGUGAAUGAAAUAUUUCACUUGCAAACGGUUCGACUCUACUUGUGGCUCCCUGUCCCCAAAAUUGCUCUGGCACAAUUGUAUGCUUGCACUUUUUUUUUUUUUUUUUUUUUUUUUUUUCUUCCCCCUUUCCCCCUGCUGUGUUCUCCCUCCCUCCCUCCCUCCCUCCCUCCCUCCCUCCCUCCCCUCCACGAGGUGCAGAGCCCGUUUCUGCAGCGGGAGGUGGUGGGGAGGUGGUGGGGGGGGGUUGUGUCUUUGCCUUGCUGCCCCCUCCGUGCGUGGGGAGCCUGGGGCUUGAAGAGCACCGUGCAGGAUGGUGGUUUCAGGGCUGCCGCGCGGAGCUCAGCCCUGACGCGCCCGGUUGUGCGCGACGGCCGCGGGGCGCAGGCUCUGCCUGCCCGCCUUGGGCAAGCGGCCGGUCCCCGGCGUUUGCCAGCGGCCGUUCCCUGGGGCUGCUUUGGGUCAGCGAGGAGGUGGGCAGAAGCGUUAGGGGGUAAAGCCAGUGGCUGUUAAAUGUGCACAUGUGGUCUCUGCCAGCUGCUUGCCCAGCUGCAUCUGUCUGAGGUUUGAUUUUUUUUUUUUUUUUUUUUUUUUUGCUUUUUUUUUUUUUUUUUUACUUUUAAGGGCACCGAUUUGCGUUGCCACCUGUUUUGCUGUCAUGCUGACCAUCAGACCAUCCCGUGACCGCAGGGGCCUGACAUCGUGCCCAAACCUGGUCAAACUCUUCCAAAAUUUAACCACGUUUCACACCCUGGAAUUAGAAACACGCCAGUACCAGGAAGAGGGGAUGGGAAGGAGGGAAGGCUGGUUGGCAUCUAUCCCUUGUGUAGCGGGUUGUGGUACGACACGUGUUGUUUCCCAGGAUGAAGGAAAACCACGUUCAGAUCAGUGGUUUGGUGCCCAAAUCCCUGGGCAACAACAGAAAACCUUUCGGGGGUUGAUGAGAGGUAUUUGAUGGUGAGUUUGCAGUCAGGAGGCUGAAACGGGCUGGAGGGGGCUCCGCACCGCUCCUGGGGAAAUAUUUGGGAGCCCACGCCUCGGCAGAGGGUGGAAAUCAAGGACUGAAUUCGAGGAAUGGGAUUUGUAGGCAGGAUCGCUGUUAAAAGCAGGGGGGGCUGAGCUACGCCGCGUCCCUGGUCCCCCCCGCUCCGUGCUGGCCGGGCCGUUGAGAUUUUUGUUGGUGGCAGCCGUUGGCGGACGAAGCCCCUCGGCUCCCCGGGGCUCUCUGGAGCUGGGGGGGGGGGGGGGACACGAGGAGGGGAAGAGACAUAUAGCACUUACACGUUUCUCUGACAUCUUCCAAAGGCGCCCAGUCCCUUUGAAGUGGGCUCCUUGUCUAAUCGCCUCAACCUGUCCCGGAGCCAAAGGUCCCUUUGGCAGAUUGAGGGGAGAGGGAGGGGGCACUGCUGGAAGGUCGACAUUAAACACUUGUGUAUCUGUGAAAAAGAGGGAGAGCAGGGGAAAGAAAAAAUAAAAGCUAAAGAUUAUCUCUGUUUCAGUUGCACUGGGGUACGUUUCUUUACCCGUUUUUAUGCUAAUGUCUCAUUUAGUAUGUUGCAUGUGUCUUUUUUUGUUUUGAUUUUUUUUUUAUUAAAUAAAAGAGAAAAAUGUGUAUAUUUUUGGCAAUUUAAGGUAAUGUAGCUAAGAUAUAUUUUUUUCACGCUGCUUGACUGUUCUUUAUUAUAAUAAAUAAUAUUAAUAUUAA